AUGGUAUAUUUGUGUGUUAUUAUAACCUGCCUGAAAUGCUGCUGUAAUGCUCUACAGAUAACGCCUCACUCCAAAAAGGACGGAGGACAAGAGGCCAGUAUCCAUUCAUUAACCGAUGACUGGCAUAUCCGUUGGUUCUCGCUGCUCACAGAAGAGCCAGACUUGCAGGGCAUGCCUACUCUCUAUCCGGAACUCUUCCCCACUGAGAAGCACGGCAACCACACUGGCCGGCAACGGGGAGAACUGGGGUCGUAG